GUAGAUAUGAAUAACAAGGUGUAAAUGUUAGAUUUUCAAUAAUAUAGAAUAAAUCUCUAACAUAAUUAUGAUAUUUAAUAAAAUUGUAUUAUUAAUAAUUUAUUUUGAAUUACAAUUAAUAUGGACACAAACAACUAUACCCAAGUCACUUAGAGAAUGUUAUAAAAAUAAUGUCACAUUGAAUCCUCCUAUUCCAUUAAAUUUACGUAUAUUGAUUGAUAUCAUACAGAAGAUGGAAAAAUAUUCAUAUUCAACAAUAGAUAUGAGAAUAAUGUCUUCAUCAAUAUUACACAGAUUUAGAUUUGAUGGUAUUGAAUAUCAUAAAAAUAUUCAAACUACGGAAAAUAUAUUGCCAUUCAGUGGAACUGGAAUACAACGUAUUAAACACAAAUUGAUAGAAGAAUUAAUUCCAGGCAAACCAGAAAUUUUACCAGUUCAUAUACUUUCACAGGAAGAACGUUGUAUACUUCACCAGGCUAUUUCAAGCUCAAUUUUGUUAUUUGAUAAUGAAAAUAAAUAUAAAUUAUAUGAACAAAUUCCUCAAACUAAAAAAUUAAGAGAUAGAAUGCUUACUGAUACAUGGAAUUAUCCAAGACAACAAGGAGUGAUUCUGACACCAUGUGGUACUAUUGCCCCUGGAAUAAUUAUAGGAGCAAUUGCUGCAUCUCUUCAACAUCAAAACAUUGCUGUAAAUCAAUUGGUUACAAAUUUGGAAGCACCUUCAAAUACAGCACAUAAUUAUGAUUCUCCCAACAAAAUAUUAUUUAAUAAUACUUUUCAUUUAUUAAAAAUGAAUUCUACAAAUAUAUAUAAUUUAAAAUACAAUAAAGAAGAAGUUGAAUUUAUUCUUCCAAGAAGUCAAAUAAUUCAUAAACCUUCUAUGUGGUAUAAUGCUUUAAAGUCAUCAUCUAUGAAAAUUGAUAAUAUAUGGUUAACAACAAUUGCAGGCGAAUUAGCAGAAAUGAUUGUGUAUCAAGGACCUUUAGGAAAUAAUAUAACUUUUGGUGCAACAGGAUUCUGGCAAAAUAUCAUACGUCCAACUAUUUAUUAUCUCACAAAUUCAUAUAAAAAUUUUUAUGUAACUCGAGCUGAAUUAAUAGGAGGCAUUGAUGGAAUGAUAAUUUCAAGUUAUUUACAAAGUUGGAUUCAAGAUUUUUACAGUCUUCGACUCAGUCAAAUUUUAGAAAUGUAUUAUUCAUAUGAAGGUGUUGUAUUCAAUACAAACGUAAAAGCUUGCGAUCGAAUACAAACCUUCCAAUAUGCAGUACCAAAGACUAUUUUAAAUGAGCAGACUUAUGCUAUAGCUCAGACAUUAGCUUAUCGUAAAAGCAUCGCGUAUAUUUCUCCUGAAACAUUACAACAAAUGGUUGAUUUUGCAACUGAAAAAUUUUAUACUUAUGCAGAAAAUCAUUUAUUUCCUGAAUUAUCUUGUCAUCAAAUAAAUCAACCACAAAUAGAAGCGAUAAUCAUAUUUGACGGUGGAUGGACAAUACAAUAUACAAUAGAUUUCCUUGCAAUUUUAAUACAAGAUUUAGAUAUAUCAAUGUAUGGAUCAAAAAUGGGAAUAAUACACGGUACUUCAGGAGAAUGGUUAUUAAAUGUUACAAACAGUCCAUCAAUUGCAUUUCAAACAUUAAAUAAUUUUACAAAUGCUAUGUGGUCUACACAAUUUAAUUAUAUGCAAGUUUUAAAAACAGUAUUUUCCUAUCUAAAUAAUACUUGGGAAUACAAUCAUAAGCAUCAUAUAAUUGGAAAUCUUGGACAAGUAGUUAUAUUAUUGGUUCCAUUAGCACAUAUAUCUAAUAACGAAAAAGAAUCUAUAAUAACGUUAUUACAUCAAUUAAAAUACAAUCAUCCAGAUGUUCAUUUUGUAUAUUAUGUAUCGAGAUAUAAUGAAAAUUUAUUUGAAUCAUUUAUUUUAUCAAAUGAAGAUUAUAUGAUAAAAAAUUCCAAUAUCGAUGCUAUUGUUCAAUAUGUGUUAAAAAUUCCACGAGCACUAAGACCUGCAACAACUUUAGGUUUGAAUAAUUCAAAAAUUCCCCAAAUAGAAGAUUAUAUAAGUCCUUCGAAAUCAAUUACUUAUAGAAUACAUUCACAUUGGAAACAAAAUAUGAAAAAAAUCUUAAUUAAAAUUCAUACUUUUAAUUAUGGUACAAUGAAAGUCUGUAUGUGGAUAAAAUUUGAAUCCAAUGACAAAAAAAAUUUGCAAUGUAUAGAAUUAGCUGGUUAUAAAGAAAUUACAUUAACUGAUCACUUUAAAUGUACCAGUAUUUCAGCAUGUCCUAAUUUGUAUCUUCAUAUCCAAAAUGUAACUUCUUUAUAUAAAUGUGCAGAAAUAGAUUGUAAAACACCGGAUCAAAUAAGAUUCAUCAUAAGAAUAAAUCAACAAAAUAUUGAUUAUAAUAAUUCUGCAGAUCAGAAUGUAAUAUUGAUCUCAUUAUAUAUUUUUAUUUUAUUUAUAUUUCAGAUACUUAUGUAA